AAUAGAAUCAGCAAUCAAACAAAGGGCUCAGCUAAAAAGGUUACAAUUUUAGACAUCAAUUUCUGUACUACUAUAUCUUUGACUGUUGCCCCCACAACCCCUCCUUCUCUCCAAUACAGUUUAGAGUGAGGACAUAAUCAAGAUUCAAGGAAAUGGAAGUGGGUCAAUUGCAGAGGAGCUUUGUUGAAUAUAUGGCCUCUUUGUUUCGUGAGGGAUUCUUGGAUGCUCAGUUUAGUCAGCUUCAGCAACUGCAAGAUGAUGGUAACCCUGAUUUUGUAGUUGAAGUUGUGUCUCUCUUCUUUGAAGAUUCAGAAAGACUUCUCAAUGAUCUCACUAUGGCUUUAGAUCAGCCCAAUGUGGACUUUAAGCAGGUUGAUGCUCAUGUUCAUCAGCUUAAAGGUAGCAGCUCCAGUGUUGGUGCUCAGAGAGUGAAGAAUUGCUGUGUCCCUUUCCGCAACUGCUGCGAAGAACAGAACACUGAAACGUGCUUGAGAUGCUUGCAACAAAUAAAACAAGAGUACUUGCUUGUGAAGAACAAGCUUCAAACUUUAUUCGAGUUGGAGCAGCAGAUUGUAGCUGCUGGAGGAGCAAUUCCCAUGGUGCAAUAACUCAAUGCUUACGGGAUUAGCUAGCCCUAGUGAAGGAAAAUGCUUACUGAAUUCCGUUUGCAGAGAAGAGUUUUCUUUUAGUGAUUUCCUUGUGGAUCACAUUAUCAACUUUAUCCAUCAGAUUGGUCUAUGCUUGCUGUAAAUUAUUGAUGAAACAGUGCUACUUUUU